GCAAGUAAUAAAAGAUUGCGUAACAAAGCAUUACUCUACCCAGCGUUACUCUACAAAGCGUUACUCUACCCAGUCCUUCUCAAGUGAACAUGUCCCGCUAUCAAAUCCAAGAUGGCGGAUUAGAUGAAAUGUCUGAAAUGUCUUAUCGCGUUUUUCUAAGUGAUUUUACCCGUAUUUCAGCCUACAGAUAUCCUCUUUGGGUCACAUUUAUAAACAGAAACUAUGCAACGAAUCUCGAAGUCAAAUCUACAGACGAAGGGUAUCACAUUCAGCGGUUAUUUCAGGGAAUUAUUCAAGGUGAUCGUGGAAGCUUAGCGCAAGCCAUAACAUUAGUGGAAACUCUUCAUUCAAGGAAAUAUCACCAGGCACAGAAAUUACUUGCCAGAGUUGUUAAAUAUUCAAAACAUGCUCCUCCUUUCUCAAAUGGACAGCGGUACUCCUUCAGGAUUGGUUUAUCAGGCCCGCCAGGGGGUGGAAAAUCUACAUUUAUUGAGACAUUUGGGACUUUUCUAACCAACAGAAAGCAUCGGGUUGCCGUUUUGGCUGUGGAUCCUUCAUCCUCCACAACUGGUGGAUCCUUACUGGGUGAUAAGACACGAAUGACAGAGUUGUCACGAAAUCUCAAUGCUUACAUCAGGCCGUCCCCUUCAUCUGGAACGUUGGGUGGUGUAAACCGGAGCACAAAUGAAGCCAUUCUUCUUUGUGAAGCUGCUGGUUAUGACACCAUCCUUGUUGAAACAGUGGGAGUUGGACAAUCAGAAAUUGCAGUUGCCUCCAUGGUGGACAUGUUUGUUCUUCUUAUUCCACCAGCUCGUGGUGACGAACUCCAAGGAAUCAAAAAAGGCAUAGUGGAAAUGGCAGAUCUUGUGUUGGUCAAUAAAUCAGAUGGGGAACUUGUUAUUCCAGCUCAGAGAAUACAAACUGAGUACAUUAGUGCUCUGAAAUUAUUAAGAAAAAAGUCGCCUCAUUGGAAUCCACCGGUUCUCCGUAUCUCCUCCAGAACUGGUGAUGGAAUUGAGAAAGCCUGGGAAACCAUGCAGCAGUAUUACACCAUCAUGGUUGACAAUAGUGAACUGGAACAAAGGCGUUGUAAACAGCAUGUGGUCUGGAUGUGGAAUCAUAUCAGAGAACAAAUCAUGACAAGAUUUAAAUCAAAUCCUGAAGUUCAGAGAGAAAUUCAUAACUUUGAAAAAUUAGUAGCAGAUGGGGAAGUUACACCUGGAAUGGCAGCUGAUGAGCUUCUUAAAAUAUUCUCUCAUUCAUCAAAUACAUGAUUUUGAUCUACUUGGAGGUCACCCUUUGCUUGCUCUUUCAGGAGAAUCUUUCAUUGACCCUUAAACUCCCAUGAGUGACCAAGACAGAAUUUCUCCUUACAACUUGAACCAGCAUCUUAAGAAUUGUAUGGCAGACAGUAAAAAGAAUUACUUAAAUGAGAUCUUUGGAGUAACAGGGUUAAUGAGACAGUCCUAGCAAGGGAACACGGCAAAAUGUUAUUUUUUACCUGGUUUUAUUCAUUGUUUAUUCACCAGUUUGAAUUUCCGCCAUUUUGUUUUUGAGUUUUGAUUAUCGCUGACGCUUUGUAUCGCAGGUGAGCGCCAAAGGCAUGAGAGUUUUCCAGAUGAGCCCUGAAGGGGUGAGAAGAGCACCUUUGGGGCUCAUCCGGAAAACUCUCGUGC